AUGCUGGAAAAUCCCGGGAACCCUGAGCCGCUUGAAAAUGCUGACCAAAACGAGCCCCAAGACACAUCCCCACUGCUAAACCGACGAGAUUUGCCUUCAUUGUUGCCUCCGCCUCUUGUAGAACUAGUGCGGCCUGACAUUAAAUGGCCGCUUGACCAUUAUUUAGAAGAAAUCAAAUACAUAAAGCCAGUAGAAACUUCUGGGUUUUUAGGGACUGAUCUUUUAGGCUUAAAUAAGCCAGCAAUUGUCCGUGGAGAAGCUAAUACUGUUAUAGGACAAAUUGGCUCAAUAAAUCUUGACAGUAAAGUUGAUGGUAUUUAUGUGAGAACUUUAGAUAAAUUGACUAGCAAUUUGCAGAGAUAUGAACAAAGGCUGCUGAGGCUAAAAGAACUGUCGUUUUUUAAUAGAAGCAAUUGGCAGUUGAGAAUUGAUUCUGAUUUGACGACUCAUAGCAUUACAAGGCCGAUUGAUAUUUCUUUAGAACAUAACCCUGCUGUUGAAAUUAAACAUCUGUCUGCUGUUUUGUCACAUAGGAAUAAUGUGAGGAAAAAUAAGUAUUAUAGGCUAGAUUUGCAUAUAGGGACUUUGCAGUUUAAAGAUCACCCGCUGUUUAGCCAAGAAGAUAUUUUGGCAUCUCAGCUACAAGAGAUGUUUUAUGAUUAUGAAAAAAGAGUGACACUAUGCUUAGUUGACCAUUUGCAGGAUAGACUAGACAGUUUGCAAGGACAAUUAGCACACAAAGAAGAAAUGCUUACUCCCCCCCCCCCUCCGUGAGCGAACAAAAAAAAUUUUGUUCACUCACGGAGGGGGGUUAAUUUUUUUUUUAAAAAAAAUUUAUAUAUAAAUUUUAUAAAAAAUAUAUUUUUUUCGAAAUUUAAAAAAAAAUCUAAUUUGCAAAAAUUGGGAAGCAAAUAUUAAUUUAAUUUGCAAAAUUUAUGUUUUAAAACGCAAUUUGUUUAAAAUUAAACAGAAUUAGCUCUAGAUUUCAUUAUACUAAUUAUCACUUAUAUAUCAAAAUUUUUUUCCAUUAAAUUUUUUCUAUUAAAAAAAUUUUUGUUCGCUCACGGAGGGUGGGUUUUUGGUCAAAAAAUGGUGAUUUUUCUAAUGGUUUUGUUCGCUCACGGAGGGGGGGGGGAGUUAGAGUCUAUAUGCAAGCACCAUCAACAACUCAGCAAGAAAAAAAUAAACUUAUGCUUCAAGAAGUCGAAAUCUUGAAAAAACACUUUGAAGAUGCACAAAAAAAAUUAAAUGAUGAAAAAGCAGCAAUUCAAAAAGAAGCAGAAGCAUUAUAUAAUAAAUGGGUAGAACUGAAACAGCUACGUGAAAAACAGACUUUUGUAAGCACUUCUGUAAAAUUAGGAGUCAGGGAAUAUAAUGAUAUAGGCCAAGGCUUAGAAUAUGAUUUUUUCUUGCAGCCUCAAGAGCCUAGUGCAGACACAACUCUUUUAGGCGUCCGACUCCCUUCACAAGAAAUCACUCGUAGACGUGCAGCCCAGAGUUUUCGAGUGUUUGUAAGAAUUUAUGUAAAUGGCAUUUAUGCAGCAAGAAGUACCAAAAAAUUUAUGAAAUGGCCACAGUUUCAAGUGCCCUUUUUAGAAAGGUUCCAAUUGCAUUUAUUUUCUCGGCCUGUGAAAAUCAGGCUUGAGGUGUGUACUGGGUUUACUAUUGUUAGGGUGUUAGGGGUUAUUGAGUUUAAUCCUCCAGGUCUCAAUGUGUCUGCAUUGACAAGUACAGCUAAAGUUUAUAAAAAUUUGGACUUUAUAUCUGGAAGAGUACUACCUAAUAAAAUUGAUGGAACUCCUAGAAAAGUCCAAGGGAACAUCACAAUUAAAGCAUACUGGGAAGGACAGUCUGACAAAAUGCCACCUUUCCGCUUUGAAGAUCUAGCUGCCUUGCCCAAAAAAUCUAUUGCAAGCAAAGGAGAGCUUGACUACUAUAUCGAUGUAAACGACCCCAGAAAUAAAGACCUUGUUGAAGAUUUACGACAAAAACGUAACAGAGCUAUCCAAGAAAUGCUUAGACUUGAUUCUCUAUUCCCCCAUCACAGGUUUUCUGCUUUACGUGAAAUUUUCAUGAAAGAGCGAUAUAUUUUUUUCCUUUAAUUUUCUCCAAUUUCCCCCAAUAUCCUGAUUUGCCACAAUUCAUUAUAAGCCAUCAUACAGAAACGUCGAAUUAUGUGGCUACCCAAUCCCAUUACUAGAGCGAGAUAUAAGAAACACUGAAGUCUUCAUGAGAUUUCUAAACUCUUUAAAAGACAUCAAAGACGACUACAACCGCAUGACUUAUUUUUUCUUACAACAAUAUAAGCUUAGAUACUCCCAAGACCCGCCUACUAAAAGGAGAAUUAUAGAGCUUAUGGAAUAUUUUAUGGAAAAACAAAACCAAGUCAAGCUUGGGAUACAAAAAAAUUUGCAUUCUUUGCCUUCUAUUGUAAGAGAGUUUGUAUUUAUUGAAAUAAAUCCAUUUGGACAGUGCUGGAAACUGCUGUUUACACCGAGGAGAAAACUACUGCCAAGAAGAAAUGCAGUACAGACUGUUUCAGGAGCAUCGGUAGGGAUGUGCAAAAUAAAUAUAAUUAUUUAUAAAGGGGUGAAUAUCCCUGUAAGAGAUGAAGCUUGGUCUAAGAGGUAUGCACAGGUAGAAAGGUUUUAUCAGCCAAUUCCACCUGCUUAUAAGUCAGCAAUGGGUGAACCUUUGCCGCCGAACAAUACUUAUAUGUCUCAGUUUCCACAGUAUAGGACAGGGUCAAGCUAUCAGAAUCAAGGGUAUAAUUCAGGGUAUCCGCCCUCUCCUAAUAGAAUGUCGCCGAGAAAUUCUAUGUACCCGCCAGGAGGUAGAAGCUCAGGAUUUGAUCCUUAUCAGUCGCAGUAUGGGAGACCUCCAUCUCCUGGAGGCUAUGGGAGGCCUCCGUCACCACCUGGAGGAUAUGGUAGACCUCCAUCACCUGGCUAUAAUGGUCCUCCGCCACCUCAAUAUGAUGCUGGUCCUUAUAUCCCUCCAAGGCAAGGACAAGGGUACGAAGCAAUUGAAAGAGUCCAAAGCUUUGUAGAAGUCAGGCUAUUUCACCAAGGAGAAUCCACCAUUGUAAGGACAGCGCCAUUUGAUGGGACAAAUCCUGAAUGAAACGAACUGCUAGAACUGACUUUUCAGUCCUUACUCCCCCCCCCCCUCCGUGAGCGAACAAAACCAUUAGAAAAAUCGCCAUUUUUUGACCAAAAACCCACCCUCCGUGAGUGAACAAAAAUUUUUUUAAUAGAAAAAAUUUUAAUGGAAAAAAAUUUUGAUAUAUAAGUGAUAAUUAGUAUAAUGAAAUCUAGAGCUAAUUCUGUUUAAUUUUAAACAAAUUGCGUUUUAAAACAUAAAUUUUGCAAAUUAAAUUAAUAUUUGCUUCCCAAUUUUUGCAAAUUAGGAUUUUUUUAAAUUUCGAAAAAAAUAUUUUUUAUAAAAUUUAUAUAUAAAUUUUUUUUUAAAAAAAAAAAUUAACCCCCCUCCGUGAGCGAACAAAAUUUUUUUGUUCGCUCACGGAGGGGGGGGGGGGAGUUAGUUAGACAAAGUCAGAUUUUCUAAAGAAGAAUUAAUGGACUGUGACAGUGUCCUAUACUUCAACCUUUACGACCAGCUACUUAACAUAAAACAAGUGAUCAUGGAUAAAGGAGAAGUCAACCUUAGACUUGAAAGAAGAUAUUUAGGAAGCUUCGCACUGCCACUUCUAACAGUCUUCCAAAACCCUUCAGGCAUUGAAGCUUCAUUCCGUGUGGACCGUCCAUUAUGCCUAUUCGGCUACCACACCUCUAAAGAAAACCCAUUUAUCCCAUUCCACCACCAAGGAAUUGAACACCCUCCUCCCUUUUUAAACCCUGGAUUACCAACCUAUAUCAUGCUAAAGGUGACACUUGACCCAGUCCUUGAACUUCCGACUGAAAGUGAGGCUGAUUAUUACCCUGGCUUUGAAAACCCUAAAUUCUUGUUCCAUGGAUUCCAAUGAAUGAUACACCAAAAAAACAAACAAUUAUUGAAAAAUAGAAAUAUUGUCCUUUGGGCUGAAAAUACUAAAAAUCAAAGCGUGUUUUUGCCGAGAUUUAUAACACCACUGCAGCCGCCACCUGGGCUGCUUUCUCCAAAUGACCCAGAUCCUAUUGCAAAAGUGGUCAGGUUUGUGUCAUUAAUCCCACAUAUAGAAGAUAAUAAAGCUUUUAAAGAUUUGCCUGACCUGUGGAGUACUUGCCAAGAAUUCCUUGAUCUUGGGUUUGGAGAUUAUGAAGAACAUGCCAUUUUGCUAUGCAAUUAUUUUAUUCCUAGAAAAAUAAAUAAUAAAUAAAUCCUAUUUACUAUAAAAAUAUAGAAUAUUUAUAGUAUUUCUAUAUAAAUGGAUUGAUAAAGACAACCCGAGCAUAAAAACUUAUAUUGUUAUAGGACGAGGAGUCCCUGAAGGAAAGACUGUUUAUGUGCUGAGACGGGACAUAAAUACUCAUGACGUCGAAUUAUGGUGCAGCUCAACUGGGAUUGGAUUUUCUUUAAAACAAGAAGGAUAUGCGUCAAGAUUUUUGUGCUGGAACAUAACAAGAGGGACUAGGACAAUGUCUCAAGAUGUAGAAAAUAUUAUUGGACUUAAGUCUGUAGGCUGCCUUGUAGAUGAAAAUGAUGUGUAUAUCAAUAUACAGCCUACUUCAGACCCUUAUUCUAUUGACUAUGAUGUAGAUAACCCGAAGACCUGGCUUGCUUUUCUUGGAAAUGGGACUAAAAGGACGUAUUAUUUCCCAAAUAAUGUGGUUUCUACCAUACAAGAGCCUAUAAGCUAUGAAAUCACCCCUCAGCGGUUUGUCCAGGAUAUUCAAGUAGAAAUAGAAGACAUAAUAAGAACAAAAUUCCAAGAUGCCAGAGCUUCAGGGAGAUAUAGGCGGCCCUUAAGGACAAGCUGAAAUAGAGAUGUUGCCCAAAGGCUGUAUGAAAUUUUAUGACUUUUUGAAGCCUAUAAGUCUGACUUUAGAGAUGGCGCCCAGCAGUCAUCUUUGUAUAAUUUUUCAAGCGAGGCUUCUAUUAAUAAACUUGCAGAAAUCCAAGACAAAGUCGUAAAUUUAUUAGGAGACUCCACAUAUGCAUAUGGAUUCCCUAUUAAUUUGCCAUUAACUGAUAUAGACUCUAUAUGGGAAGAAGUGUUAAAUACUGACUUAUAUAAUAUUGCUGAUGAUGACUGCGAAUUUGUCCUAUGCGUAAGGGUUUUUGAGUAUCCUUGCUUUAUUUCUUCAGUUUGGGUUUAUAUAGCUGCAUUAUUUGGAGGACGAGGUGGUGGGCAAUUUUCAAGGUAUGGAGGCUAUUAA